AUGGGGCAACUGCGCUUAUUUAAAAAUCCAAUUCUUAUUAAAACCAUAAGUGAAUCCACGAUUACCGAAAAAGAAGCAUUACGUUCCAUAAAAAACUAUACAUCAAGUAGUGCUAUAAGUAGUUUACCACAAAAAAAAUUAACGGAUUUACAAAAUUUACAGGAUCAUUUAGCUUCAAAAACUGGAUUUGUCUCCGAUCCUGUUAAGAGGAAACAUGAUUCUAUAGAAAGCGUU